UCAUGGCAUAAUGAAAAGAAUACAAUAUUGCAUCACCUUUGUUUGAAUAUCUAUAAUAUCGCGGUCUAUGUCAAGGCCAUGAGCUGCUCAAACUCAAAGUGAAGAGGUUUCAUGUUCUCCCUAGCUUGAGUUGGAACACAGAAUUUUCAGUGGGAGCUGCAUACCUCCCCCAAGAAGAGAGUUGCUUCUUUUUUAAAUUAGUUGCAGCUGUUGGAAGAAAGCUCCCAAGUUGUUUAUUGCCAGUGUCGGCAUUAUUACUUGGCAACAUGUCUAGACCUAUUGAAGAGGUCAAUGGUGAGGAAGAGCGGAAUGACGAGAAUGCUGUUGCUUCACGGCCAGGUACUGCCUUCUCGUUGGUCAGUCUUGGUGACCAGCCAGUGGCAGUGCAAGUAGCAGCUGGUGCUGUUCCAGGAGCGAUAACAGGGUAUGUGUUCAAACGUGUCAGCACAACAGCAGCUGCAGCUGUUGGUGGCGGAUUAAUAUUGAUUCAGCUGGCUGCCCGUGCAGGCUAUGUGUCAAUCAAUUGGCGGCGUCUUGAACGAGACACAAAGCAUCAGUGGGAACAGGUCAAGGAGCAAACAGCACGCGCUGCCGUCGGUACCGAAAUUGGCGGUCGAUCUCUUCAGAGCUGGACUCGGGAGGUGGGCCAAUUUGCAAAGGACAAUGUGGCAGUAUCUGGGGGGUUCCUCUCAGGUUUCCUCCUUGGACUAGCAUCCGGGUAAUCAGACCACACGCCCCUGCGAGCCUUGGACAACACACCUUUUUCCUCCUCCUCCUUUGCUGUUUCUUAUCUGUGUUCUGAUCGGCUACUGAACAAUCGGAAUAGAGCAAAGCCCCCCCCCCCCCCCCCCUGCAUUAGCUUAUACUGCUACACUUCGCUGCUCGACUACUAGACACCAGGCUGCACAUUAUGUUGAACAAGCGUUCAACUCAGUAUCAUCAACCAGGGACUCCAGUACCAUUGCUAACUUCCUACCUUUUGUGUCUUGCCUCGGCUGAGUAGCUGUCCGGUUCUUGAAGGCUGUGGCAGUGCUGUUGCCCCCCCCCCCCCAAGCUUGAACCCCUGCUGUGCUUAGUUUUGUCAUUAAAUGAUUUUUAGAACCGUCCUUUAGCACUAGUAGUAGCAAUAGCCAAGUGCAAAGUGACAUCAUGCCGCCACCCGAAAAGGCAGCCACUUCACGUUGGACAUGACUGCCUUUACAACACAGUACAAGCAAAACGUAAUAUUGUAAAACAUGAAAAAGAUAUUCUGGUAUUGCGUAGCUAUUCAAGCCCAGCUCCUUCAAGCUGUACAAAAGAUCUUACAAGUCAUAUUCAAUCAGCCCUCACUACGUCAUCUUGUAGUGAUGGUUAUUUCCUCCUCUUCUGUAUUUUGAUUGGAAUAAAAUGAACUGUUAACUGA